UCAUUCAGCCCACAGGCUGCAUUAAAAAAAAAAAAGAACAUAGCAUAUACACCCAACAAGGACCAUCAACGUACUGGUACAUCUCUGGACUUUCAGUAGUUAAAGCAGGAUGAUGCCUAUAGCUGCAGGUAAUGAUACCCGCAGCCCAGCCCCCCUCCCCCCACUGCCUUCCAUGGCUUUCUUGGGCAGUCCCGUGCCAACGGGGGAACCUGAGAAUGCAGCUGGUGUUUCUGCCAGCUGACCAUAGAGCUGAUUAGAGACCGGAAUUAUGCCAAUCAUCUCUAUAGUCUAAGAAAUCGGAAGCUGUGAGCGU